GACCAAAGAACGCAGUUGGCUUCAGACUUAAACUGAAGACAUUACUAGACAACUUCUGAACAUAACGAAUACACACAAGGACCCCAGUCAUGGCAUCAGAGACCAUUGAAGUGGCAGCUCUGGGAAGACCUCUGUGUCCUGGUAUGCUGUAUGACUGCCGCAAGGAUGCCUUCAUUCCAGGUGUUACUCUGUGGGAUAAGUCGUCACUGAGUAAAAAUUUGGACACUCGUCCACAGCCCAUGACAGAUGUGAAGUUCAGCAGCUCCGACUCUCUCUCUGAUAAGUCCAGUCUCCUGGAUGUAAGUGCUUCCCUGAAGGCUAGUUUCUUGUGUGGGAUGGUGAAGGUAGGAGGAUCUGCCAAAUACCUGCAUGACACCAAAUCCUCAAACCAACAGUCCAGAGUUACAAUGAAUUACAGUGAAACCACAAGAUUUGUACAGCUGACCAUGUCCCAGCUGGGCCAGAUCACCUACCCUCAGGUGUUUGACCAGAAAACUGCGACUCAUGUGGUCACGGCUGUACUGUACGGAGCUCAGGCCUUCAUGGUGUUUGAUCGGACAUUUUCAGAAGAGGAAAACAAGCAAAAGAUUGAGGGAGAACUGAAUAUCAUGGUCAAGAAGAUCCCUGGAUUUUCCAUUAAGGGAAAAGGAGCUGUAGAUAUGACAGAUGGUGAUAAGGAAAUGGCUGAGAGAAUCUCCUGCACAUUUCAUGGUGACUUCCGCCUUGAUCAGAACCCCACCACUUUCAAAGAGGCCCUGGAGGUGUACAACACGCUCCCCGAUAUCCUGAAGGAGAAUCCACAGAAUGCAGUUCCAAUAAAAGUCUGGCUCUAUCCUCUUUCUAUACUGGAUACAAAAGCAGCUCAGUUGGUGAGAGAAAUCACCACACGUCUGGUUUCCAACACUGAAGAUAUAAUAGAGGAGCUGUUAGAGGCAGAGAGGACAUGCAACGACCUCUCCAGAAAACCACUGGUUAAUGUUUUCAGAGACAUCAAAGAGAGGCUCAGUUCAUUUCAGGGUUCUCUUAACAUUUACAAAAUGGCACUCGUGAAAGCUGUGGCCAAGGUCUUGCCUGAUAUACGAGGAGGAGAGAAGGAGGAAAAGUCACUGGAAGACAUCCUGAAGAUCCACUACAGCUCCCCUUUUAAAGCUGACAUGCUUAACCAGUGGUUAGAUCGUGCAAAGUCUGAACUUAACCUCUUGAGUUCUCACAGCAAGAUUCUGGAGGAAAUCAUAACUGAAGAUGCAGACAGUCUCAACACUAUCCUCCUUAAUCCUGAUAUUGAUGUUGUGGUGUGCUUGACCUUCACAUCUCUGAAGUAUGAAGACCCAUAUCUUUCAACCCUGAAGGAGUUUCUGGAAUCUGACAAGUUUAAAGAGCUAGAUGAGGGAAUGAAACUGUGUUCUUGCACGCUAGCAUCAGAAGAGUGGUUCAACAAGCCUGGUGUUGUCUCAAACAUGAGAAAGAACUUAUCUUUUUUUAAAAGUUUUUCAGAAGCUAACAAAGAUGAAGAGAGAUACCAAUUCAUUGUUUCUGCCAUUUCCGAUCCAUCCAGUCCAGGCUCCUCCAUCUAUCUGUAUGAAAAAGGGCAGCUGACAAACACACAGUUCCAGCACAGAUUUUUGGGGCGGAGCUAA